GCCAAUCAGAGAAUUAUGCUACACUGUAAAAAAAAUAUGUUAUUUUUUAUGGUAAAAAUGACAUUUUUUAUAGUGUAGCACAAUUUGCUGAUUUAAUUGACUUAAUGAUCAGUUUAUUCAUCUUUUGGAUGUUCUGGCGUGCGUAAAAAUCACCUUUGAGAAUAUUUGGAAGCUGUGCCAAUUGGCGAAUUAUGCUACACUGUAAAAAAAUGUUACCACAAAAAUAUAAUUUUCUUUACAGUGUAGCAUAACAUGCUGAUUUAAUUGACUUAAUGUUGAAUUAAUUCGUCUUUUAGAUGUUUUGGCGUGCCUAAAAAUCACCAUUGAGAAUAUUUGGAAGCGGUGCCAAUUGGUGAAUGAUGCUACACUGUAAAAACAUUUUUAUUUUUAAUGGUAAUUUUUUUUACAGUGUAGCAUAACUUGCUGAUAUAACUGACUCAAUGUUCAGUUUAUUCAUCUUUUGGAUGUUCUGGCGUGCGUAAAAAUCACCUUUGAGGAUAUUUGGAAGCUGUGCCAAUUGGCGAAUUAUGCUACACUGUUAAAAAAAAAAUAUUUUUAUGGUAAAAAUAUUUUUUUUACAGUGUAGCAUAACUCGCUGACAUAACUGACUCAAUGUUCAGUUUAUUCAUCUUGUGGAUGUUCUGGCGUGCGUAAAAAUCACCUUUGAGAACAUUUGGAAGCUGCCAAAUGUGAGAUGUUUGGAAGUUUCCAGCAACAGGUGCGUAUUUUCAGGCUCUCCGUGAUGUGAGGAGGUUCAGCCCACAUCUCGUCCUGCUCUCAGUCCUCCGUCAGGCUCAGAGGGAAGAACUGACAGCAGCGGAUUGACUGCCAGUCCUCUCCGAUGCGCCGCGGAUCUGCACACAGACACCCGGAUGUGGCGAAAAUGUUUGGCGCUGCUCUGCGGGUCUGCGCUCGGAAAACAUUUUAUAAUUCAGGUUAGCGGCUCCUCCGCUCGGGUUUGCGCCGUCCGUCGACAUCUUUGGAUGGUUUUUCCAACGAUGAGUUGGAUUUAAAACGGAUCUUUUCGAUGUGGAUUCGAGGAUGCAAGAAGCAGAUGAACAGUCUGAAGGGGCCCAGUAUGCUGGCAACAGAAGGACCACUCCCUCCACGGACACCUCAGCGCUCUGGUCGGAAAGCCAAACUCGUCUGCACCAGCUCCAUCCACUCGAACCUCUGCAGGCUCCGGCCAGCACCGGCAAACCCGUCGGCUCCUCUUAUGGCCUCCUUGGGGCCGACAGCGGCGUCCAGGGCCCCGGCGGCCCUGACGCCGGCGUCAGCCCGGUCCUCGCCUGGCAUGCUGCCAUCAGUGCUGCUCGCCAGGCGCAGGGCGACGCCGAGAAGCCUGACAUGAGCUCACGGCCCUCGGUUUGCACCACCGGAGCGGCUCCUGCUGGAUCGCUGGCUCAGAGGAAGAGGCAGCAGUACGCCAAGAGCAAAAAGCAAGGAGGGUCCACCAACAGCAGGCCGCCCAGAGCGCUGUUCUGCCUCACCCUCAACAACCCCAUCCGCAGGGCCUGCAUCAACCUGGUGGAGUGGAAACCGUUCGAUAUCUUCAUACUGCUGUCUAUUUUUGCCAACUGCGUGGCCUUAGCCAUCUACAUCCCUUUUCCUGGAGACGACUCCAAUUCCACCAACCAAGAACUGGAAACAGUAGAAUAUGCCUUCCUGAUCAUUUUCACUAUAGAGACAUUUCUGAAGAUUAUUGCCUACGGCCUGGUCAUGCACCAGAACUCCUAUGUCAGGAACGGCUGGAACAUGCUGGACUUUGUCAUCGUCAUAGUGGGGUUGUUCAGUGUAGUUCUGGAGAUGAUAACCAAAGACGCUGACUCUGGUGGCCAGUCUGGAGGCAAACCUGGGGGCUUCGACGUCAAGGCCCUCCGAGCCUUUCGCGUCCUACGACCCCUUCGCCUUGUCUCUGGAGUUCCCAGUUUACAGGUGGUUUUAAAUUCCAUCAUUAAAGCCAUGGUCCCUCUGCUGCACAUCGCCCUGCUGGUCCUCUUCGUCAUCAUCAUCUACGCCAUCAUCGGUCUGGAGCUCUUCAUCGGCAAAAUGCACGCCACGUGUUAUUUAAUACAGACAGGUGUUCUUGCAGAAGAAGAACCGACACCAUGUGCGGUUUCGGGUCACGGCCGACACUGUCUGCUCAACGGUACCGUCUGCAGAGAGGGCUGGCAAGGACCCAACAGCGGCAUCACCAACUUUGACAACUUUUUGUUUGCCAUGCUCACCGUGUUCCAGUGCAUCACCAUGGAGGGCUGGACGGACGUCCUCUACUGGAUGAACGACGCGAUGGGCUUCGAGCUGCCGUGGGUUUACUUCGUCAGUCUGGUCAUCUUUGGAUCCUUCUUUGUUCUGAAUCUGGUUUUGGGUGUGUUGAGCGGAGAGUUUUCCAAAGAGCGAGAGAAGGCCAAAGCUCGCGGAGAUUUCCAGAAGCUGCGUGAGAAGCAGCAGCUAGAGGAAGACCUGAAGGGCUACCUGGACUGGAUCACCCAGGCCGAAGACAUCGACCCCGAGAACGAGGAGGAGGGAGACGAGGAGGGCAAACGGAACCGGGUCACGCUGGCUGACCUCACUGAGAAGAAGAAAGGAAAGUUUGGCUGGUUCACUCAGUCCACAGAGACUCAGGCGAGCAUGCCCAGUGAGACCGAAUCAGUGAACACAGAGAAUCACAACGGAGACGACAGUAAAUCUCCCUGCUGUGGACCGCUGUGUCAAAAAAUUACUAAGUCAAAGUGCAGUCGGCAGUGGCGUCGAUGGAACCGUUUCUGCCGCAGGAAAUGCCGAGCAGCCGUGAAAUCUGUGACGUUUUAUUGGCUGGUCAUCAUCUUGGUGUUCCUCAACACUCUGACCAUCGCCUCAGAGCACUACAACCAACCAGACUGGCUGACUGAAGUCCAGGAUGUGGCCAACAAAGUCCUCCUGGCCUUGUUCACGCUGGAGAUGCUGGUGAAGAUGUACAGUCUGGGGCUGCAGGCCUACUUCGUGUCGCUGUUCAACCGCUUCGACUGCUUCGUGGUGUGUGGAGGAAUCGUGGAGACCAUCCUGGUGGAGCUGGCCAUCAUGUCUCCUCUGGGCAUCUCCGUGUUCCGCUGCGUUCGCCUCCUCAGGAUCUUCAAGGUCACACGCCACUGGGCGUCUCUCAGUAACCUGGUGGCGUCUCUGCUCAACUCCAUGAAGUCCAUCGCCUCGCUGUUGCUGCUGCUUUUCCUCUUCAUCAUCAUCUUCUCGUUGCUCGGGAUGCAGCUCUUUGGGGGGAAGUUCAACUUCGACGAAGCUGUGACCAAACGGAGCACGUUUGAUAACUUCCCCCAGGCCCUGCUCACCGUCUUCCAGAUCCUAACAGGAGAGGACUGGAACACGGUGAUGUAUGACGGGAUUAUGGCGUAUGGGGGUCCAGCCUCCUCUGGGAUGGUGGUCUGCAUCUACUUCAUCAUCCUCUUCAUCUGUGGAAACUACAUCCUGCUGAACGUCUUCUUGGCCAUCGCCGUCGACAACCUGGCGGACGCCGAGAGCCUGAACACGGCUCAGAAGGAGGAAGAGGAGGCCAAGAAGAGGAAGAACAGUGCAAAGGAGAUCAUCUUGGAGAAGAAGAGAGUUGAAAUAACAGAAGCCAAAGAUGGAGAGACGAAGGUGCCAGUAGAGGAGGAAGACAAAGAGUUGUAUCCUGUUACUGACUCUCCAGUGUGUGAUGAUGAUGAAAAUAACGACAAUCUCCCAGAAGUCCCCUCAGGACCUCGGCCUCAGCGGCUUUCUGAACUCACCAUCAAGGAGAAGACUCCCCCGAUCCCUGAGGGCAGCGCCUUCUUCAUCUUCAGCAGCACCAACCCGUUCCGUGUGUUCUGCCAUAAGCUGAUCAACCACCAGAUCUUCACCAACCUCAUCCUGGUCUUCAUCAUGCUCAGCUCCGUCUCUCUGGCUGCUGAGGAUCCCAUCCGCAACUUCUCCGCUCGAAACAUCAUACUUGGUUAUUUUGACUAUGCUUUCACCGCAAUCUUUACUGUUGAGAUCCUGUUGAAGAUGACAGCGUUUGGAGCUUUUCUCCACAAAGGAGCUUUCUGUAGAAACUACUUCAACCUGUUAGACCUGCUGGUUGUCGGUGUGUCUCUGGUGUCCUUCGGCAUUCAGUCUUCCGCUAUCUCAGUGGUGAAGAUUCUUCGUGUUUUGCGGGUUCUCCGUCCACUCAGGGCCAUAAACAGAGCAAAGGGCCUCAAGCAUGUGGUCCAGUGUGUGUUUGUGGCCAUCAGGACCAUCGGCAACAUCAUGAUCGUCACCACGCUGCUGCAGUUCAUGUUCGCUUGUAUCGGAGUGCAACUCUUCAAGGGCAAAUUUUACCAAUGCACAGAUGAUGCAAAGUCCAGUCCAGAUGAGUGCAAAGGUAAAUACAUCCUCUACAACAACGGCGACACAGCGAUGCCAAUGGUGAAGGAGAGGAUUUGGUACAACAGCGACUUCAAUUUUGACAACGUCCUCAUGGCCAUGAUGGCUCUUUUCACUGUGUCCACCUUCGAAGGAUGGCCCACUUUGUUGUACAAAGCCAUCGACUCCAACAGGGAGAACAUGGGUCCCAUCUACAACUACCGCAUCGAGAUCUCCAUCUUCUUCAUCAUCUACAUCAUCAUCAUCGCCUUCUUCAUGAUGAACAUCUUCGUCGGUUUCGUCAUCGUCACCUUCCAGGAGCAGGGGGAGAAGGAGUACAAGAACUGUGAGCUGGACAAGAACCAGCGUCAGUGUGUUGAGUACGCUCUGAAAGCUCGUCCUCUGCGGCGCUACAUCCCUAAAAACCCCUACCAGUACAAGUUCUGGUAUGUGGUCAACUCCACCGGCUUUGAGUACGUCAUGUUUGUCCUGAUCAUCCUCAACACCUUGUGUCUGGCCAUUCAGCAUCAUGGUCAGUCUCCUUUGUUUAACUACGCGAUGGACAUCCUCAACAUGGUCUUCACUGGAGUUUUCACUGUAGAAAUGAUCCUCAAGCUCAUUGCCUUCAAACCCAGAGGUUAUGUCGGAGAUGCCUGGAACGUCUUCGAUGCCCUGGUGGUGAUCGGCAGCGUGGUCGACAUCAUCCUCAGCCAGAACUAUUUUGCUGAUGCAUGGAACACGUUUGAUGCCUUAAUUGUUGUGGGUAGCGUGGUUGACAUUGCCAUCACUGAGAUCAAUUCGGCAGCCAUUCCUGUUGUCAAGGUGAUAGUGGAGCCAGGGAACACGGAGGACAGCGCUCGCAUCUCCAUCACCUUCUUCCGCCUGUUCAGGGUGAUGCGUUUGGUCAAACUGCUGAGCCGAGGGGAGGGAAUCAGGACGCUGCUGUGGACCUUCAUCAAGUCCUUCCAGGCUCUUCCCUAUGUUGCACUCCUGAUCGCGAUGCUCUUCUUCAUCUAUGCUGUGAUUGGAAUGCAGGUGUUUGGUAAAAUAGCGAUGGUGGACGGAACCCAAAUCAACCGUAACAACAACUUUCAGACAUUUCCUCAGGCUGUGCUGAUGCUCUUCAGGUGUGCCACAGGGGAGGCCUGGCAGGAGAUCAUGCUGGCCUGUCUGCCAGGAAAACUGUGUGAUUCAGAGUCGGACUACAACCCCGGAGAGGAGAGGACCUGCGGCAGCGGCUUCGCUAUCAUUUACUUUAUCAGCUUCUACAUGCUCUGUGCUUUUCUGAUCAUCAACCUGUUCGUUGCUGUCAUCAUGGAUAACUUUGACUAUCUGACGCGUGAUUGGUCCAUUCUUGGGCCACAUCACCUGGAUGAGUUUAAGAGGAUCUGGUCAGAAUACGACCCCGAAGCCAAGGGGAGGAUAAAGCAUCUGGACGUGGUGACUCUGCUGAGGAGGAUUCAGCCUCCUCUGGGCUUCGGGAAACUCUGCCCUCACAGAGUGGCCUGUAAGCGUCUGGUGGCGAUGAACAUGCCCCUGAACAGCGACGGGACGGUGAUGUUUAACGCCACCUUGUUUGCUCUGGUCCGAACCGCUCUGAAGAUAAAGACUGAAGGUAACCUGGAACAAGCCAACGAGGAGCUUCGAGCCGUGAUCAAGAAGAUCUGGAAGAGGACCAGCAUGAAGCUGCUGGACCAAGUGGUGCCCCCUGCUGGUGAUGACGAGGUAACAGUGGGGAAGUUCUAUGCCACCUUCCUGAUACAGGACUACUUCAGAAAGUUCAAGAGGCGCAAAGAGCAAGGUCUUGUGGGAAGGCGGUCCUGGGAGAGGCUCAACACCACCUUGGCUCUGCAGGCCGGCCUCCGAACGCUGCAUGACAUCGGACCAGAGAUCCGUCGAGCCAUAUCAUGUGACCUGCAGGAGGCGGGGCUAGUGGAUGCAAAUGGAGAGGAAGAGGAAGAAAUCUACAGGCGUAACGGCGGCCUCUUUGGGAACCACAUCAAUCACUUCAGCGGAGACCAGCCGGGCUCCUUCCACCCGACCACCGUCACCCAGCGCCCCCUACAGAUCCUUCCCUUCUCCUGCAGCGCCUCCGUGGAACCCGUCCAAACCGAGCGGAGAGGCAGCGGCAGCGACCGGGAAGGAGAGACGGAGAUGAACUGUUCUCCCGUCCGGUACAACCACCAUCCCUCCCCUCGGCUGUACGACUACCCCCACUGCAACUCCACCUGCCCCCAGCCGCCCAUCCCCUCCAACGCCAACCUCAACAAUGCCAACAUGCCCUCGCUGCUCUCCAUGACCGUCGGGAGGCAGCAGAAGUGUCUGUUGAGACGAAGCCGCCCGUCCUCCACCAGACACGGAUCAUCGGUGACGUCUUACAGCAAAGGAGUCCACGACAAGCCGUGGAAGUCCCACUCCAUCAGCAGGACGCGCUACUACGAGGCCUACAUUAGGUCGGAGAGCGGAGGAGGACUUUAUCCAACCAUCCGUCGGGAGGAGCCGGCAGCCGGAGACAGCGACGACGAUCGAGGGUCCGGAGAAUAUUACAGCGGGGAGGAGUUUCACGAAGACGACAUCAUGCUGACAAAGGACAGGUUGGGCAACAAAGAUGCAGCAGAGGCAGAUUUUGAGCUCCAAGUUUCAGGGGGUGACCGUCAGGCGGAUGGUUACUAUGACGACGACCAACAGCCCAUCUACCAGGACGGCAGACGGUCGCCCAGAAGAUGGUUUUUACCCUCACCUCAAGCCUCCACUAGACCAACAUUUAGUUUUGAGUGUCUUCGAAGAAAAAGUAGCCACGACGACGCUCCUCCUUCUCCAUCGUGCACGGCUCUUCCUCUACACCUGGUGCAGCAGCAGGUGAUGGCGGUGGCCGGUCUGGACGCCUCCAGAAUCCACCGACUGUCUCCGACGAGGUCUCUGCGUUCCUGGACGACGCCUCCAGCCUCCCCCAUCAGCCGAGACUGCUCCCCCUGCUACACCCCGCUCAUACAGGUGGACUGGCGUAGUUCUGGCAGCGUUAGCAGCAUCCCCGGAGCGGUGAAGAGGAGUUCCUGGUACACUGAAGGUCCAGACGGUCCUCCCAGCCGCUGCCACUCCCCGUCACGUCUGCAGCUGCCUGCAGAAAGCUGCUUACGCUUCCUGCAGAAGAGAGGCAGCGCCAACAGUCUGGUGGAAGCCGUGCUGAUAUCUGAGGGUUUGGGGAAAUACGCCAGAGACCCCAAGUUUGUGUCGGCCACCAAACACGAGAUCGCAGACGCCUGCGAGAUGAGCAUCGACGAGAUGGAGAGCGCAGCCAGCAACCUGCUGAACGGCAGCGUGAGCAACGGCAGCGUGAGCAAAGGCAGCGUGAGCAACGGCAGCGGCGGGGGAACCGGCGGCGGCGUCACGGACCAACACGCCAACACACUUCUGAGGGACCACAGCAUCCGUGACUACAGCGAUGAGGAGCCGUACGUGGCGCUGAAAUGUGAGGAGGACCUGACAGAUGAGAUGAUAUGCAUCACUUCCCUAUAGCAGCGGCUCACAACACUUCUAGUUAGGUUUUUUCAAUUGAAGUCGUACUACUGAUCCACAGCGAGAGGAAAGUCCCUCCUCAGGUGCAGCAGAGAGGAAACGUCAAACAGGGAUGGACGAGUGAACAAAGUGCCUUGUUUUUCUCUUUCUGUUGUGCCGAGAACAGAAGUUAACGGUUGAGAUUAACUGGGCUCUGACCUGCCAGCUGGCCUGUCAUUCAGGACCAUCUGUUGUCUUUAUUACUAGCAGAGGUUUGGUCUGAAUCAGCUUUAAUUAGAGGGUGUUUGCAGUAUUGGGUGAACAGUGCGAUUCUUCCACUGUUUACUCAAUACAAAGAGCCAAUAAAAGAGGAGAUGUGCCACCGUUCCACUCACAGGCUGCAGUGGAGGAAAGGUUUCUUGCACUGGAUUUUUCUCUAUUUUCCAGUUUAAAUGUGAGAAACCAGUGACAGGCCAGUGAGUGGGAUGAUCCUAGAGUUAAGCUGCAUUUGUUCUGCUGCAAAAAGUCUUUGGCCUCCAACGAUUCCAAGAAUUCAUGUUUCCAUUUGAUUUCCAUGUGUAUAUAAUGUGUGAUCGAACCCUUUUAUUUGGUCAUGACAACAGGCGCUGGUUCAUUCUCCCUUCCAUGACUCAGAUUACACAAAAAACUCCAUAAAUAGAUAGUAUAUAUAUAUUUUUGUUAGUUUCUUUCAGAUAAUCUCCAUCAGGCUGGUUCGUUUGGAUCAAGCUGCACUGAGUUCAGGGUUAAACGUUGCUCGUCUCUGUUUUUGACUUGAAAAGGAAAUCACAUAUCAAUGAAAAAAAAAGACUUUGUCCUCAGGCAUAUCCUUCUGUUUCAUACUGUAAGUCCUUCCCCUUUUACACCCACACCAAUGCUAAAUUUACACAACUUUACGAACUUAUAACCCGAAAUAAAUUAAUGUUUAGGAUCAUCACAGGCCGUCCAUCGUGAUCCUGAACUUUCUGUCAAAGCCCCAUGAAAUUAUGAAACCUGGUUCACUAACCUGUGAUCUGUUCUAGUUUUUCUGUGGGACACAAACUCAGCCUGGAACGUCAAACUGCUGCACUCCCCUUCAGUUAUGUGUUGUAAUACGUUCUAGUUAAGUGCUUUCAGAAUAAAUUCAUCCUGAGGCCAUUUCUGAGAAAUAAGAUGGAGUCAGUCUGUUUCUAGAAUUCACAGGGAUGAGAAUGACAAAUGGAAAAAAACUCGGAAAAUGUGUGCCGAUGUCUGCAAUGCGCGUUGCAAUGCGCGUUGCAAUGCGCGUUGCAAUGCGCGUUGCAAUGCGCGUUGCAAUGCGCGUUGCAAUGCGCGUUGCAAUGCGCGUUGCAAUGCGCGUUGCCGAAAGAUGUCGGCGGCGGGAUGGCCAUCACGGCGGGCGGUCAUCACAAGCCUCGGCUCGCGACGCGUCGGCCGGCCGGCCGCUUGCCUACACCCCUACAAUUUUCUCAACGGAUUUACACGAUUCACAAAAACUAUACUUUCGGCGGAAAAAAACUCGGAAUUCCGCGGAUCCGCGGAAAAUUCUCAUCCCUGAAUUCAGGAAAUACGUUGCUGCACCGACUCAGAUUUUAGUCGUUAUUUGUGACCUGAAACUAAAACGUAUUAUCUGAGAAGUCAUUUUAAGGGUUUAAUAUCUCCAGAAAUACAGCUGUCGCAGCCAUAAUAUUCAGUAAGGACACACAUAUAAUCGUUUCCAGCAGAUCAGAAUGAUCUACAGAACAUUUUUAACUAGUGUCCCUUAGAAAUGAAAAAAAGUGCAAAAUUUAAAAAAAAAAAAAGCAUGGCAUUGGUACCCCAGAAAGUCCAUAUAUCCAUAUUUGCAACUAAAAAUGCAGUCCCUUGUUGACAUUUCACCAACUUUGAGGCCUCUAACAUCAGUAAUGUUGGAUGUGUAGCAAGUUUUGCAAGGAAGGGUUUCAGUUUUUUGCUAUUUUGACCAGCUAAAAUGGUGACGUUGACCAUAAAAACUGGUGUGCAAAAGGUUUUAUAUGUUGUUAUUACAUGCAUAAAGCUACAAGCUGCUACCGUAUUGUAUAGUCAAGGUAAAGUUUAUGCUUCCAGACAUGUCAGCUGCAUCAUUCAAGUGCCCUCCAUCUGGAAGUUUAUACUUGAAGAGAUAUUGAACUCUUAAAAUCGCCUUUUUAGUGUCCCAAAAAGAAAUAAACUCUGAACAAAAGCUGAGUUGUUGCAGCAACACGUCUAUGUGAAAUGACUCAGGCUGACCUGCUAAAACAAAGAGGAUCUCACAGCUGAAGCAUCAUCUGUCCAGUCAUGUUUAAAGUUUUCCUCCAGGCUGAGGUUGGUCCCCUUAUUAUCCCAUCACAUUUAAAGAGUUUCAUCUGUUGCAGUAAAGUUAAGUGGAUUUUAUCUCAACCAGCUGAGUCUGGUUUGUUUCAUGAUGACUCAGAUGAAGCACAGACACCAACAGACUCUCAACAUGAACCUUUAAAACGCCUCAGCAGAGCGGGAGACUCUGCUGGAUUCCCUGGUGAUGAACAGAUAGUGUACAUAGUGUGUCAUCUGAAUGCAGUGAUUGUGGUUAGCUGUUGCCUUUGAUUUGUAGGAUUUCUUUUCUUGUUCAAUUGCCAGUUUUUCCGUGCACAAGAUGUCCAGAACAGCUGCUGUCUGUGAGGAGAGAACAACACGACCUGGUUGCAGGUAAAAAAAAAGACAAACACCUCUGCACCUUAGCUCCAGCACCACUGCCAGCUGUCUUCAGGUCAACCUCUAAAACACCAACACCGGGUCACUGCAGGGUGAUUUUCUCUUCUUCUUCUCCUCAGUCCCACUACUGUUGUCAGGGCAACGUGUUUGACAUGUGCAAUCAAAGGGCUUCUUCUGAUGUAAAACCAAAACACGGGAACAGAGAGUGCAUUUACACGCUGUUCCAGAUGCAUUACAUUCCACCGCUGGAGUCGCUCCAGUGUGCACAAGUUGUCGUGCACAGCUGGAAUACUGUCCACGUGCGCUGUACAUGCACUCACUUCCUCCCACACACAGGUUUUAGUGGCCAACACAGCUGAUUAAUAAGACUUAUGCAUUUUCUAACUGCAUGUAAAUUGUGUUUAAUUGAGACUUUUAACUAAUUGUAAUGCUCUUACCUCUGUAACUAUCCAGGUCAGUUGGUUAAAGUGUCAGAGAAACUGAGGAAAAGGCUGCAUUUGCACAAAACAAGUAAAACAGAUCCACUGAGACCCGAGUAACCAACACGGAAGAGUCACACAGCUUAAAAACUGGUUGGAUUUCGUGGAAAUGCAGCCAAAGAUUCAGUUUUCCUGUUUGAGUUUCUGGGGACUUUUAAAAAUAUAUUUUGGAGGAAUUUAGACAAUUUCAGAAGCCAUAUUUAACACAUGUUGUAAGCAGAAAUGUGUACAUUUGCUGCAUCUCCCAGAGAGUAAUCAUAAACCCAUGGAACCCUGGAAAACCCACUGUUGCAAAAAUACAUCAGUUUUAGUCUUUUUAGUAUUAUUUACUAUAUAUAUAUAUAUAUAUAUAUGUGUGUGUGUGUGUGUGUGUAGACAUAUAUAUACACACACACACACACACACACACACACACACACAUAUAUAUACUGCUGAUUUGUUUUCUAUAUUUGGGUCUUACAGGGUUAAAGGAAACAGAACUGCCUUUUUUUAGCUCCUCCAGCAGCUUCUGUCUGAUGUAAACUCCAGUAUUUAGACAUCAGUGACGGGGAGCUCAGGGAUAAAAGAAAACUUUAGUAAUUUCUAGAUUAGUACCAAAACAUACUUUACAUUCAGUACCAUCCAUGAUUGGUUUCACUAAUACAUCUGUUUUAAUAAAAUGGCCACCGCUGCAUGGCUCUGACAGACCAGAUUUACUGCCAGCAUUAGAACACGUGCAGUUUAUUCAAAGUACAACUGUCCAAAUAAAUAUUUAUCAAAAGACAAAGUGACAGAGAACACGAAGCUUUGUUGUGCAACACAGCUUUAUUUUUUGUACUGUUGCACUGCUUUACACACGUCUAUGAAACGAUAAUGUAUAAAAUCUGUACAGCGUUUGUAAAAAGUUGGUGAUGAACUUGAAGAUUUCUGCUUUCUAACCAUCUGUUGGAUGAAAUUUAAAAUAUAUAUAUAUAUAUAUAGCUCUAUCUACUUUGUAGCAGAAGUACUAGUACCUUCUAGAUUUUGUACCAAUGAAAAUGAAGAAAAAAACAAACAAACCCUGUUUUGUACAUUUGAAUUUUUUGCCUGUUUGACGAUGAACCUGCUGAUUUUUGUAACGAUCACUGAAUAAAGUCACGAGGACAAAGUCA